CGACUCCGUCCACCCACACAAGUCAGCUCCUUCCAUCGUCCUCUGCUUAUUAAUGCCAAUGGAGAUUCAUCAGCACUAACAAACCCGCGGUCCAGUCCUCUCUUAGCGCCUCCAGUCCACCCUCAACGCCUCCAGCCUCCCGUCCAAGGUUUGUGAUGCUUAAUGCUAAUCGAGAUAUACACACUUAUUAGCUCCUCGUAUGUUUCACUGCGAAUGGAUAUAACAUGUCUAAAUCUUUCAGAUCUUCUGUUACUUUGCUGUGUUUACAUCUGCUCUUUUGAGUUUGGUUACGUGCCGCCAACGCUGAUUCGGUCGUGUCCAAGUGUACUCCAGCAUGGACAAUUUCCAACAUAGUGAUCUUCUUGCCCUCGAGACGGCGUUAGGUGAGGAAAGCCGGGAUCCAAUAGCCAUUCCUAUCUCCGUUUUGAAGGCCAUCACAAACAAUUUCUCUGAUGCUCAAGAAAUCGGUUGCGGUGGGUUUGAAACGGUUUACAAGGGUACGCUUGGAAAUGGGAUGGUUGUUGCCGUGAAGAAGCUCCACGAAAAUGUAGGAGUUCUUUCUAAAAAUUUCAAUAGUGAGGUCGAUUGUCUUAUAGAGGUCAAGCACAAAAAUAUAGUGCAGUUCCUGGGGUACUGUUCGGAUACGCAAAAGGUACUAAGGUCGUUUCAAGGAAAAAAUGUCUGGGCAGAAGAACGGCAGAAGUUAUUAUGCUUCGAGUACCUAAGUAAAGGGAGCCUUGCAGACUAUCUCACUGGGCCAUCUUGCGGACUUCGGUGGUGCACACGGUAUCGAAUAAUCAGGGGGAUCUGUGAAGGCUUGCAUUAUCUUCACCACCACCACCAACCUAUUAUUCACUUGGAUCUCAAACCUCAGAAUAUAUUAUUGGACGAUAAUAUGGUGGCUAAAAUAGCGGAUUUUGGUCUAUCAAGGCGCUUAAGUGCAAGGCAAAGUCGAAUUCUAACCAAAAACAUAGCUGGGACACCGGGAUAUUUCGCUCCGGAAUUUAUAAAUAGCGGAGUAAUCACAAUGAAGAUGGACAUAUAUAGUCUAGGGGUAAUAAUCAUAGAGAUUCUGAUGGGAUUUAAGCAACAACCCAAUCUCGACUAGGUGCUGGAAAGUUGGACAGACACGUUUGGGUCAUUACAGAGCCAUACACUAUUUGAACAAGUAAAAGUAUGUGCUGAAAUAGGGAUAAAUUGCAUAAAUUAUAACCCAGAGAACAGGCCUACUAUAGAUGAUAUUAUCCAUAGACUUGAGGAAAUGGAUCUCUCAAACUCGUCUCCUGGAAGUAUCGCAAGUACUUCAUCCACUCCGCUCAGUGGAGUAAAUAUCUACCCUCUCAAGCUAUGCUUUCCGUUCGAGACAGAAAAGCGUAUCGAUUGCCCGCUGAGCAUAACUAACAUAACAGAUCGUUAUGUAAACUAUUGGGUUGUACCGCAGUUCCCCAAUAUGUAUACUCCUUGUAAGCACGAACUUGUGAACGAAAUCCGUACUGGAACCAACAAUCUGGACCCAAUGUCAACUGGCUCUUUCAAUGUGACAAUGCUCGAGCAACAACAACCGCCACUGGACGCAGGCAUGUUUGAGAUAGUGAUGAUUGCCAUGGGGAGCAGGAGUGACCUUAAAAAGUUGAAGUCAUCCAUUGGAGAUGAGCCUAAAAUUGAUGGUGAAUUAUUGAAGCGAGUCGAAGAGGUAGGGGGCGAGGUGCAUACAGCAAUGCUGAGGGCUGUCAUCAGCCUACCAAGUGAGGGGGGAGUGGCCCCCAAGAUCGUCUCAGACGGCGUGGUCAAGCUGUGGGACUGGGACAGUGGCUGGGAAUGUAUUCGAACAGUUCACUCAACUGCAGGAAUAGACCAAUAUUCGUCGAGCCUCUGUGAUCACGCUUUCACCGAGGGUGAUCAGAACCAUGUGGUUAUGCUCAUCCAUGGUAUUGGUCUACAGAUAUGGGAUCUGGAGACAAAGACACAUGUUCACACACUUCGUGGGACGAAACGGUUGGUUCGUGCACCAGCUUGCCACCCAAAGCUUCCAUUAAUAGCCGUAGGAAUCAAGGAGGAAGAUCCUGAGCACGCGGCUGUCCGCUUCUGGAACUCAACUAACUACAGGCUUGAGAAAACUGUUCACUGCACCUUUGGCUCCAAGAUAAGGGAUUUUGCAUUUGUAGGCAAAACAAGGCUCGUGAUCGGCACUGACGCAGGAAUAGAAAUACUGGACAUCGAUAUGGAGUCACUAGUAUGUGAGCAAUAA